GGACUCGUUUAUUCCGGCUGGCGAUUCCGUGGCGUUCGGGUUAAACCUCCUCUGAUUUUUGCGAAGAGGGACGACAAUUUUCCGUUCAAAGUUCAGUGGACAUUUUCUGCCAAUUGACGAGCAGGUCAUUUCGGGUCGAGAGUGUUUGAUAGUGAUAUAAGGCGGAUUAAAUAUAAUUCGGAAAUUGGUGGAACCACCCACAUACGCGGUUAGAAUCGAGAGGAAAGUGAAAGUGUCUCCAUCGAUUCCUUAAGAACGAUUCUAAGGGCGAAAAGUUUGUGAAUUGUGACGAUUUUUAGUGUGAUAUACCUGGAUCGAGAGAAAAGAACAUUCAAACGGACUUGGGACUUUUAAGUGAUAUAGCUCCCUAACUCAACACCUGCAACAGUGGAUAAUUGUAACCGAUUCCAAAAAGCCGAACGUCUAUAAAACUUUCCUCGUUAACGAAGCCCCCGCUGCGCUCUGCCAUUUUCAACGAUGGCACCGAACGUCCUUGGGAAUACACUGCUCCUGGCAGAGGCGUGCAUACAACCGGAAGACCCCAACAACAACCAGAUCAAAGCAAACAAAUCGAUUUUGAAUGUGCGAACCACGACAGAGCCAACUACGAUAGUGACAGCGAAGGCACGUGUACAGGUGGACGAACUCCAGAAGACUGAUUCCAGCAGCAGCAGCAGUAGUAGUAGUACCAGCAGCUCCUAUUUCCAGGCCGCUUUGGUGUGGCGUAACAUAAUCGCUUUCGUGUAUCUGCACGGUGGAUUCCUGUAUGGGCUCUAUCUGGCGUUUACCGUUGCCAAGGGUAGCACCAUCCUACUAGCAUUCAUCUUGGGGCUGUUCGGUGCGUUUGGCAUCACUGCUGGAGCACAUCGUCUGUGGUCACACCGUUCGUACAAGGCCAAAUGGCCGCUCCGGCUAAUAUUGAUGAUUUCGCAGACGCUUGCCUUCCAGAACAGCAUCUACGAGUGGGUGCGGGAUCACCGGGUCCAUCACAAGUUCACCGAUACGGAUGCCGAUCCGCACAACGCCAAGCGGGGAUUCUUCUUCUCGCACAUCGGCUGGCUGAUGAUGAAGAAGCACCCGGACGUGCGGCAGAAGGGCAAAACGGUGGACAUGGCCGACCUGGAGACCGAUCCCAUUGUGAUGUUCCAGAAAAAAUACUACGCCGUGUUGAUGCCAUUAUUCUGCUUCGUCAUUCCCACGUACUUGGCUUACUAUUUCCUGGAUGAAACCUUCUCCAACUCGUGGUACAUCGUGGCUAUCUUCCGCUACGUUCUGUCGCUCAACGGAACCUGGCUGGUGAACAGCGCAGCGCACAUCUGGGGAACCAAACCGUACGAUAGGAAAAUUUCCCCAACGAACAACACCUUCGUGGCGAUCGCAGCCGUUGGCGAGGGCUGGCACAACUACCACCACGUGUUCCCCUGGGACUACAAGACAUCUGAGCUGGGCAAGUACAGCACCAACUUCACGACGGCGGUGAUCGAUUUCUUCGCCAAGAUCGGCUGGGCGUACGAUCUGAAGUCGGUGUCGGACGAUAUGAUCAAGAAGCGAGUGCUGAGGACGGGAGACGGAACACACACAUACAGUGAGGAACACCUCCGCGAAAAGAUGGUCGAUUACAUCAACAAUCUGGAUCACGAUAACGAGAACGUCGUGUGGGGCUGGGACGAUCACGAUAUGGCCGAGGACGAUCGGAGGGACGCCACGGUUAGCAACAAGAAGGAUUAACUAUCGCUUUCUUCGUGGGGGAUCUUCAAAGGAAACGGCCAGGUGCGGUUUUCUCCGACUGCUGGAGGUUAUUAAGUAUACUACUGGGUCAAUGUUGAUGUACUUGCUUUGAUCGAUGAUGGAUUUCUCUUGUGUAGGCUAGCGGGGAGAGUCCUCCUGAUUCUUUCUGGGGGGACUUGCUAGUGCUUAGGACAACGAGGAAGCAACUGUAGCUCAAGUGAAUUGUUUAAUUUAUUCUUUAGUUCUUUUUCUUGCGUGAUGCAAGGACACCCUAGCACUAAGUGAAUAUCAUACGGAUACAGUAGUUGUAGUGUUUCGUACGAUCUAGGAUCAAUAAAUACAACUUCUUUUAACAAUA